AUGGAUCUUGAAUUUAAGUUUGACGAACUAAAAUAUGAUAUAGUUAAAAGAAUCGAUAAGGAAUUGACCGACUCACAAAACGCUAGAGAAUUUGUUUCUCAAAAAUACGACGAGUUGUGUAAUAAAAUUAAACAUUUAACGGAGCUUGAUGCAACUGUCACAGGCUUUAGAAGCGAUGUGAAGACUAUAGAAAAGCAGCUCACCGAAUUGUCGAAUAGAAUAGACAAGAUCGAGAAGAAAAUGAUUUCUAGGGAUAGUUCUAUAACCGCAUCGAAUCUGUUUUGA